AUGUCUGUCUACUGUGCACUAUGCAACAGGUCGUUCAAUGCACAGGUAGAUCUUGAUCAACAUGUCCGGAGCUCCUCUGCACACAAGAAGUCUACUCCUAGACCUCCCCAAGUCCAAACACCCUUACAAAUAAAGCUACCGAGUAUUAAACAGCAGAAGCAAGUGGCUCCUACCAAAGUCAAGCCAGCAAAGCCGCAGCAGACUCUUAACAUCCAUACCUUAGCGCAAACUAUAGCUGCAUCCAGUCCCAUGACUCCCAAUAUAAUAAUGCCUAUCAUCGGGGCCGACCUUCAAGUUGCGAAUUCCCCCUGGUCUGCGAUUGCAGAGUCUGAAUAUAUGGCAGUGCUCAAUCAAUUAUCCGCACAUUGUCAUUCCCCGACAGAGCUCAAAGAGAACGGCUAUAUCUUAAAUACAUAUAACUCGCUUGAUUAUAUCAAUUCACGAAAAUGCACACGGUGUAAUAAGACAAAUGCGAUCGGCCGAGAGUGCCACUUUCAUCGGUACAAACGGAAUAAAUGGAACCAAAAGAGGCCAUAUAAAUGUUGCAGGACGGAGGGAAGAGGUUGUGAGACAUUACCAGUACACGACUUCCAACUACCUCUCCGAGCGAUUCUACAUCAAGAGUAUCGAAAAACACCAACCGCAUCCGCGGAGCUAAAGUUCCGGGCGGUGACAGUCGACUGCGAAAUGGCAGGCAUUGCUGGAGGAGGCAGUGAAGUCAUUUUGCUUUGUGUUAUCGACUAUAUUACUGGCGCAGUACUUCUCAAUCGAUUGGUGUGUCCGAGAGAGAAGAUAACCCAAAUGCGGUCUUCAAUCCAUGGUAUAUCGAAAUCCACACUUGAUAAUGCGAGCUUACAAGGACAAACACUGUCUGGUUGGGAGGAAGCUCGAUCAGAAUUGUGGAAAUAUAUUGAUGAUAAGACAAUCCUUGUCGGUCAUGCAUUACAGCACGAUUUAGAAGCUUUACGGAUAAUUCAUCCCCUUAUCGUGGAUUCUGGAAUCUUGUCAAGAAAUGCCAUUGGAAUUCGCCGCAUUAGAUGGGGAUUGCAAACGCUAUGCUCUGAACUACUCAAUGUAAAAAUCAGAAAUAACAAGGACGAGAUUCAUGACUGUUUGGAGGAUGUUUUGGCUACAAGAGAGGUUGUAUUAUUCUGCACCUACAACAAAGAAGCAUUUCGGACUUGGGUUGAAGCGACGAAAAUCAAGGAGAUGCAUUUAGAGAAGAAACGAGAGGAAGCGAGGCAAAGAAAGAAGAACGAGCAAGCUAGAAAACACCUGGCGAGGCUCGGUGGGGCCAGUAGCAGUCGUUACAAUUUUGACUCGGACGACGAAGACGGAGAAAUUCUGCGUUGGUCUGAUAUUGCAGAGGACCUUGGAUGGCCACAUCCUGAUACUGGAUAUGACCCAUGGUCAGAUUAG